AUGUUCAGAUUGUCCUGUCGAAUUGGACAAACGGUGGGUAUAAAUAAUCUCCAGAUCGUCCCCCGCGGUGGUGUACUUGUGUCCAAGUUUAGGUCGAGGUUGUAUUCUUCUUCUUUUUCUUGUUGUGAUAAGUUUGUUGCAUUUAAGGACGCUGCCCCACCACCACCACCACUAACCGGAACUACGACAUCAUCUGCACCCCGCCAUUUACAUCUACAUCGACGGUUUACGGACGUGAAGACUGUUACUACUGUUAGAAGAAAUUAUACUACUACGACUACUACUACCGCCAAAAUGCCGGUUGAUUUGACUGCUUAUUAUAACCAGGUCGACGCUCUUGAGGAUGCUUUCAUUCAGAGACUUCGAAAGGCUGUCGCGAUACCAUCGGUAUCCGCUGAACCCGAGCGUCGUGAUGAUGUUCGCGCUAUGGCAGACUUCCUAAAAUCCGAACUAGAAACCCUAGGCGCCUCAGUCCAAUACUACUACCCAGGGGAACAAUCACCCGGUUUGGAUCUACCCCCCAUUCUUUUGGGAAGAUACGGAAAUGAUCCCGCGAAACGGACGAUUCUUGUUUAUGGACAUUAUGAUGUUCAGCCUGCUUUCAAGGAGGACGGAUGGGGAACCGAUCCGUUCGAUUUGACUGUUGAUGAGAAGGGGAGGAUGUUUGGGAGGGGUAGUACGGAUGAUAAGGGACCGGUUUUGGGGUGGUUGAAUGUUAUUGAGGCGCAUCAGAAGGUUGGAUUGGAACUUCCGGUCAAUUUACUCAUGUGCUUCGAAGGUAUGGAGGAAUCUGGUUCAGAGGGUCUUGAGGAUUUGAUCAAGAAGGAAGCAAAGAACUUCUACAAGGAUACCGAUGCCGUCUGCAUUUCCGAUAACUACUGGCUAGGAACCACCAAACCCUGCCUAACAUACGGCCUCCGCGGCUGUUCCUACUACCAAAUCACCGUCUCCGGUCCCGGUCAAGACCUCCACUCCGGCGUCUACGGCGGUGCAGUAACAGAACCCAUGACCGACCUAACAAACAUCAUGACCACAUUAGUCGAUAACACCGGAAAACUCCUAAUCGACGGGAUUUACGACCAAGUCGCCCCCCUGACAGAAGCAGAAAGGGAAAGAUACCAAUCCAUAGAUUUCACCAUGGAUACCUUUUAUGAAGCUUUGGGGUCGGAAACGGUUUGUACUGAUGAUGCUCAAGAGACGUUAAUGCGUCGAUGGAGGUUUCCAUCACUUUCCCUCCAUGGUAUCGAGGGUGCCUACUACGCCCCGGGAGCAAAAACAGUAAUCCCAGCGAAAGUAAUAGGAAAAUUCUCAAUCCGUACAGUUCCAAACAUGGAACUACCGAAAGUAACGGAAUUGGUAACAGCGCAUGUUAACAAAGUUGCAAAAACAUUGAAGACGAAUAAUAAAGUCGAGGUCGGGUUGAUACAUGAUGGGAAAUGGUGGGUGGCGGAUCCGGAUCAUUGGAAUUUUAGGGCGGCGGCGAGAGCCACGGAACAGGUUUGGGGGGUUAAACCGGAUCUGACGAGGGAAGGGGGGAGUAUUCCGAUCACGUUGACGUUUGAGGAGGAGACGGGGAAGAAUGUGCUUUUGUUGCCGAUGGGGACGUCGACGGAUCAGCCGCAUAGUAUUAAUGAGAAAUUGGAUAAGAAGAAUUAUAUCCAGGGAACUAAGCUUUUGGGAUCGUAUCUUCACUUUGUGGCUGAAGAGAAGAUGGAAUAA